AUGGUUGCCACUGUUCAGAAGCCUGCCCCCGCUUUCAAGGCCACAGCCGUCGUCGACGGUCUCUUCCAAGACAUCUCCCUGUCUGACUAUCUCGGUCAAUGGGUGGUUCUCUUCUUCUACCCUCUUGACUUCACCUUCGUGUGCCCCACGGAAAUCCUUGCGUUCAACGACGCCCUCCCUCUGUUCAAGGCGAUCAACACGGUCGUGCUGAGCGCGUCGACCGACUCACACUAUUCCCAUUUGGCAUGGGCCAACAAGCAUCGCAAGGAAGGCGGUCUCGGCCCCGACUUGAAGCUUCCCAUGCUCGCGGACAAGAACUUGAAGAUUGCCCGCGACUACGGUGUCCUCAUUGAGGAGGAUGGCAUCGCCCUCCGUGGCCUCUUCAUCAUCGACCCUAAGGGCGUCUUGAGGCAAAUCACCAUCAAUGAUCUGCCAGUCGGUCGCUCUGUCGAAGAGACGCUCCGCCUCGUCAAGGCCUUCCAGUUCACCGAUGAGCACGGUGAGGUGUGCCCGGCUAACUGGCACGAGGGCAGCGCGACGAUGAAACCUGACCCGAAGGGUUCCUUGGAGUACUUCGAAUCGGCUGCUGCCGCUAAGCCUAACGCUUUGUGAGCAUUCAGGGCAAUAGAACACAUUCAGUGAAUCUUCCGGCUCCUGUGAGGAUAACGACGUGCAACGAAUCGGAAAAUGCCCCGUCUCAACAAUGUAGUUGUCUUGCUUAGAUUUCGUAGAUGAUAGAUGUUGUUCUAGAAGACCGUCCUGCCAAUGUUUCCUCAGCUCAUAAGUAGUAACGGUACUGCUACAGGAGAAUUCAUACAAUUGUUGUGUUUCCUUGGACACGUGUGCGAACCGUAGAAGCUCGGGCUCGUUACCCGUCGUUGUAGCGCAUAGGAAGCUCCUUUUGUGGCCUCCAAACAAACAUCUCACACGGAGCACAUGCAAUCCCAGAU